AUGAAGAAACACACGGCCAGGAUCUCGCCGCUGACCGCCUGCGACACCCCUGUGCUGUCACUGACCGGGCUGGGAGGUAGCGAGCGGACAGCGGACGGGCCAGGUCGGAGAUCGGCCGCAGAGGAACCGCGGGCCAGCGAUGGAGCGCUGGCCGUUCUGGGGAGGGUGGCGCGGGGUUCGGCGCUGGCAGCCUGCCUGGCAGGCUGCUGGGCCGGGGUGACCCAGAUGGGGAAGGCCGUGCAGCGCGACCUCCAGGCCCCCUUCUUCGUGGCCUGCCACGCCGCCGGCUGGAACCUCCUGCUCUUCCCCGCCUACUGCGCCGGCCGCCUGCUCGCCUCGUGUCACUGGAGGAGGCCGCUCGCGGAGCUCAGGGCCUGCACCCGUCUGCUGAGCGAGGGGGGCUUCUCCGUCAAAGGCCUCCUGACCAAGACCGCUCCCUUCUGCGUCCUCUGGACGGUCACCACCUACCUGUACCUGCUGGCCCUGCGGAACAUCAGCAGCACCGAGGCGUCCGCUCUCUUCUGCUGCAACAAGGCCUUCGUCUUUCUCCUCUCCUGGGUCGUGCUCAAGGACAGGUUUAUGGGGGUCCGGAUUGUGGCCGCCAUCCUCUCCAUCACCGGCAUUGUGCUCAUCGCUUACGCCGACGGCUUCCGCCGCAACUCCAUCGUGGGCGUGGCCUCGGUCGUGGGCUCCGCCUCCACCUCCGCAUUGUACAAGGUCCUGUUUAAACUCCUGCUCGGCCCUGCAAGGUUUGGCGAAGUUAUGUUCUUCCUGAGUUCAGUGGGUGUCUUCAGCCUCCUCUUCCUGACCUGGGUCUCGGUGGGCCUCCACCUUGCCGAGGUGGAGCCCUGGCCAUCUGCUGACCUCGUGCCCUGGGGCCAUCUGUGCGGGCUGGCUGGUCUCCUCCUCGUGUUCCACAUCCUCAUCAACUGCGGAGCUGCCGUAACCUCUCCCAGCCUCGUGUCGCUGGGGGUCUUCCUGAGUGUACCCCUGAACACAGUCGCCGAUGUGUAUCACGGCACAGACUGGGGACCUGGGCGUGUGCGGCUCUCCGCCUUGUCUGUUCUCUGCCUCGCCUUCCUGCUGCUGCUGCUGCCGGGGGAGUGGGACACCAUGGCCCUGGGGUUCCUUGCCAAGCUGAGGGGACGGGUAGCCAAGGAGGAUCCAGGCCCUGAGAACUCAGAGGGCAGCUUGCAGGCCUGUGGCUGGCCCGCUACCCUACCUGGUCCCAGGUGCUCGGAGAUGAAGGAUGCCCCAAGUCUGUAAGAAUAUCUGGUUCCUUAACAAUGGGGCCUUCUGGCUCCUCCAAAAAAACUUAAUGCUGUACCAUCAACGUUUGAGCAUAAAUCUUCCGUUACAAACGACUAAAAGGGUUAAUAAGAUCAUAGGAGCAGAAUGAGACCAUUCAGUCCAUCUACUCUGCUAUCCCAUGGCUGAUUAUUAUCCCUCUCAAACCCUUUCUCCUGCCUUUUCCAUUGACACCCUUGUUAAUUCAGAACCUAUCAACCUUCACUUUGAAUGUACCCAAUGAUAUGGCCUUCAGAGCCAUCUGUGACAACGAUGCCAUAGUCAUACAACACCACAGCACUGAAACAGGCCCUUCAGCCCAUCUAGUCCAUGCUUAGUCCCAACAA